AUGGCAGCCAAAUUCACGGAAUCCAAAUGGAAAAGAGUCACGGUUUCCGAGUAUAACCUUCAAAGAAGAAAUGAUUGGUGCUCCUGGGUAGCUGAGGUCCCCGGAACCGCGUAUCUUUAUUCCCCAAACUAUGGUUUAAUUUCGGAAUUGAGCAACAAAUUUGGAGACCAUGAGAUACGCUAUUUCCUGAUGGACGCAGCAGACAUGGUGCUGGUGAACGGUUUACAGGCAGAAAUGGGAUUGGAAAAGUGGAAGAACGUCCAGUUGGAGACAGUCGGAAGUUUAAGGCUUUGGUCGGAAGCGGUGUUCGAGCAUACGGAGACAGAGAAGAAGAAUUUUGUCAUUCGAUCGAUUCCACCAAUAAUAAAAGAGAAAGAUGGAGAAGAGGCUACAGUUUUCAUGGAUGAAGUCGUAGAGAUAAUACAACUUUUGACAAAGCGCCGGGGUCAACCGGUUGGGAACGACUUCCUCGGCACAGCAUGGCGUCAUGGUGAACUAAAAGCUAUUCCACUAUCCCAGUUCAAAACUAUACUGGAGCUCUACGACAUUGACAAAUCCUGCAUCACAAUUGUCGAUGACCCAGCUCACGCGGUCGGAGUGGACUUUCUAUUUGGAAAAGAAGAUCCGUUGAAAGUUCCUACCGAUGAUUUCAAAGGUAUCUUGAGUACGGAACAUGUCGUAUUAACCAUGGUGAAGUCUUUGGUGUGUCCAGUGAAUUGGAGAACGGCAACUGUGGUUGAGAGACAAGAUAUUUAUGAGGAGAUUAACAGAUAUGCUCUCAUGGAUGCGGGAACAUACAUCCCAUAUGACAAUGUCGUGUAUGAAAUCAAAAAAAUCAAAGAAGAACACGAACGUCUUUACUCAAAGGAGGACGACCCCCUCCUAACUCUCCGUGACAGACCCCCAUUAUCUCCCAUCAGUGUCAAACAUUAUAACAAAAUCGCAAGUGCAAUCGGAAUGCCACCUGUUUCAGUAUCACGAAAUAAAUGUUCCGUGUGGUACACACGGAUGAACGUCACCAUCCGCAUAUCCGAUCAAUUCUUAUCCUAUAUAGCGCAAGCAAAUUCGCAGAAUUUCAACACAUCUUUGGACUUCAAACAAGCAUUGAUUAGAGGAUUGUUGUGGAUGGUGCCAAAUACUAAUCGUGUUAAAGUGAAACUUGAUUCGAUUCGCACUCUUGGAAUGAGAGCCAACGUUUUAAACACGCCUUCUCUGAUUCCAAAAUAUUCGGAUAUUCUUACAAAUUCUCAAAUCAAACGAUUUGAAACUCCAAAGAAGCAAUUCUUGAACGAUUCGGAAGCUGACUGCUCUAACUGCAAGAAUUUUGCGAAAAUGGAGAAUGAACUUCAGAAAAAACUUGAAAUUUCGAGAAUCAAACUAGAGGAAAAAGCCAAAGACGUUGACGCUCUUCUACUUCUCAUAAUGGCUCAAGAUAAAGAGUUCGAAAAACUAAACAAAAUAAUAAGUGAUAUGGAAUUUCAAGACGCAUUGAAUCUUAAAGUUGAGGGUAUUGAACGAAGCGCACAUGAAACAUACAAACAGGAAAACGAGCAGCUCAAUUUGAAGAGAGACAAGUUGAAGCACGAGUUGAGCCGAGUCGCAGUCAGUCCCACGGAAGAGUUGUUGGCUGAGAUUCCACUGUUAGAUGAGAGGAUUGAAGAAAUGGCAUCUCAAAUGACCGCAAAACACCAUGGAUCAAAGUUACGUUUUCUGCCUGUUUCAUCAUCAAACAUGGCUUUUGUUAACGGAGAUUUGAAGAAAUCAAUAGCAACUAGACCAGAUGGCUCAGUACUCCAUUCAAAUCACUCUGUUACUUUGGAGAACUUAUCAAACUCAAAAUAUUUCAUAAUAGAUCACGAGAGUUAUAUGUUUUGCACAAUUACCCAGUGUUUUAGGGAUCUCUCAAGUUUGACUACUUUCAUGAAAAGUGUAGGGAGACCACAAAGAAUAUAUCUUCGACGAAUUCCUAUUUCAACGUUUAAAAAUGACGUUGAAUACCGGGUGUUCACUGAUGAUGUUUUGGAGAUGAUUCCUAUUCUUCUGGAGCGCCAACAUGCAAUCUUAGAACCAACAAAAGAUUUACUUCAAACGUUUCAAGAAAAGUGGAAAUCCGAUGAUCGGAAAUUCUAUAACACAAUUAGUUUAUUGGAACUUGUGGGUGUUCUGGAAGAGUUUGAUAUAAAUAAAAACUUGCUCACAAUUUGCCCAGAUGCGGUUUACGAAAGUACUUCUCACAACAUGUUCUUAAAAGGCACCAACCCAAUUGUCCUCUACAGUCCUGAUGGUGGAUUGGUUAUGGAUAUUACUCAAGCAGUCUUCUACACAUUUCAAUCGGUUAUCUGUGGUAUCAAUUUAAAUGUCAAAGUUUGUAAGAUCUGUCAGAGUGACAAGUGCAUGGACAACUACAAGGCAGAAGUGUUAGCUGCGAUGAAGGAAUAUUCAAACUUACGUGAGGGAUCUUAUGUUGUAAAUAAAGAAGUCUCAAAGAAAAUAGAUGUUCUCAAAACGCACUGUUCGUUUAUUAAUCAGAAGAACUUUCCGAAACAAGACUACAUGAUGGUCAAUGAAGAUAUAAUGAAAAGAGAACCUUUGAAGGUUUAUCAAAAUAUCAUAGACUCAUACGAAAUCCCAGAAGAUAUUAGAUGUCCUAAUGCAACAGGACCCGUGACUGCUCCCGUUUGGGCUGGCAGAUAUGUAAUCAUGAAAGCAUGGUCAAAUAAUUUCUUUGGAAGUACCAAUACAAGUAUCAAGAUGUUGGUUUUGGAUGGACUCCUUCAAAAAGUUCCAAAAGAUAUGAAGUGUGCAUAUGAGUUGGAGGAAAAAUGGAUUGCCGAAUUGUCAGAUGGUACGAAGUUUGAAUCAAAUUAUUGUUUUUUGAUUGGAAACAUUUCAAACUUCAAACACUUUGUUCUGGAUAAAGAGGAGAUCCUGACGUUGCUUGUGGUGGCUGAAGAAUUUGAUGAAGAAUACAGCCAAAAGUUCAAAUUGGAGUGUCUUUCGAGUUUAACUAAUUUCACUAAACAUCUUCCAAAGAAAAUAUAUAUUCGAAAGAUUACCCCAACGACGGGAAGUGGAGGCGACUUUAUGAGAGUGUUCACAGAUGACGUCCUUGAAAUAAUUCCUAUUCUCUUAAAGAGACAGAGUAAAAUGGCACAAGAAUCAGAGGAACUUUUGGAGAAGUACAAAGUUAAGUGGGCGACAAAACAGAAUUACGUAUACACCUCAAUCGAUGCUCUCAAAUUUGGCCAAGUACUUGACGAGUUUAACAUCGACAAAAGCGAUAUUACAAUAAUCCCAGACUUUCUACAUCUCCUAACCUCUGACCAUAUGCUUCGUAAAGGUUUUGACCGUAUUGUAACUUUGAGUCAAGACGGAAAACAAGUUAUGGAUAUUUCUCAAGCAGUUUUCUAUAUCUUUCAACAUAGCGUUUGUGGCAUUAAUUUGAGUGUGACUGAUAGAUGUAAAGUACAUUCCAACUGCAUCAAAGACUACAAAAAAUCCGUAUUUGAUGUCAUGAGAGAGUACACAGAGCUACCAGAGGGAUCAUUCGUUUCGAUGGAAAAUCUGGAUGAGAAUAUUGAAAUAUUGAAAAAGCAUUGUACUUUCACCCGCCAGGCGAGCCUUCCAAAAAGAGAUUACCACCAGUACAAUCUCAAUCUGGAUGACACAUGCUCACUGCUGAUUUAUGAAGGGAUCAUUAAUUUUUAUGGAUUACCCAAUCCCUACCAAAACUCUUUGUCGAAAGAAAGUGUUAAGUUGAAAGUCUGGCAAGGAAGAUUAAUUUUAAUGAAAUCAUGGGUUGAACAUUUCUUUGGAAAUUAUAAUAUGGAUAUCAAGCAUUUGGUUUUGGAUGCGUUGUUGUGUAAAGUACCGUUAGAGGAUCGAGCAGAGUACGAGCUAAUGCAUACGCGAGAAAUCAGAAAUGAUGCCUUUGUUACUCACAAUGGAUCGACACAACUGUUCUUAAAUCCACCAAUAAUACGCCCGUGUAGAGAACUCAACAUGAUUGGAAGUAGUUCUCAUCCACAAGUUUUUGAAAUAACUUCAGUUCGUGACGAGGAAACAAUUCGACAGAAAAACAAUGAAAUCGCAGAGCUGAAAUCAAAACUAAUCAGAAUGCCGACGCUGGAGAAGAAGGAAGUGUUCUUGGGAGAACUGGAAAAGAAAUCGAAAAAUAUGGAGAAACAAAUUGAAAUGUUGAGAACAAAUGUGAAGAGGUUGAAGACUUUUGAAGAAAAAGCAAAGAAAUCAAAUGCGUUGGAGAAGAAAGUGAGGAGUCUGGAGAAGGAAAUGGAGACGUUGAGAUCUGGUGGAAAUAAUGAAGAGAAGAUGAAGGAAGCGGAGGGAUUGAAACAAAAAAUAAAAGUUAUGGAGCAGGAAAUUGCAAAUUUUAAUUCGAUGGAGAGAAAUAGAACGGACAAUUUGGAAAAUUUCUCAAAGAAGGCAAAUGAUUUGGAACUGGAAAUAUGUCAAUUAGAGAAUGAAUUGGAGGGAAAAGAUCGAGAGAUUGAAAGUAUGAGGGCGCCAUCUUUCAGAACUAUAUCCGCAUUUCAAAAUAAAGAAAGGAUGGAGAAUAAGCCUGUUAUGAUGAAGCCAAAAAUGGGAGAUGUGGAGCAAGAACUAAGGAAAUUGAAUGCUCAACUGCGCUUUAAAAACGAACGACUCGAACGCGACGCUAAAGAUAACUACUCCAGCAAAUGCAUCCGAUUAGAAACUAUUUUGAAAAAGAAGGAAUCGAUUAUUGAAAAAUUGCAAUCCCAAAAUUUGCGAUGGUCACUUGAAAACAAUUCACUCCGUCUUGGCAACUCCUCAAAAAAGAAUUCCAAAAUGGAGAAAAAAUCCAUAGUACUCAGUCCACAAGAGCAGCUCGCAGAGUUUCAGGCUAUCCAAAAGGAUUUCAAUGGGGAUGAAAUUCUGAAAAAAGCCAGAGACCUGGUAGAGAAAUUAAGUCUAGAUUCUGAUCUAUUGGGUCGAGCAAAGUAUGAGUUGAUUCAAUUGGAAGCUAGUAUUCGGGUUUUCCUUGAAAUUUUAAAGUUGAAUGUUCAACAAAUUGAGAAAACCGAAGCAUGUUUCAAUUUGUUGCCAUUACCCAAAUAUCCAUCACUAUCAAAUAAAUUCCUGGACGAUUAUCGAGAUGAGCAGGAAAUUGACAAUUAA